AUGACUCACCUUUGCGACGUUUGUAAAACUGAAUUUCAGUCAUCAGCAAAAUUGGAUAACCAUAAUUAUGAUGUCCAUGUGAAUACGCUACAAGUGUCUAUAAACAAUAAGACAAGUGUAGUUCAAAGAGUAGACGCAGAAAAAAAGCGUAGCUUUCAAACAGACGAAGACAGUGACACAUCCUCAAUUGUAAUAGAACACCGUAAAAUACCUGGCCCACAUUUAAGUUUAGAUGAAUUUAAUCCAAAUUCGCUUACUUUGCCGUCAUUACGCUGUGAUGACAAUACUAAGGUCGCAGUUACCUCUAGUAAACAAGAGAAAACAGGUUUUAGCAACACUGGGGACAGGAAACCAGUAGAAAUAUCAUCCAAAUGUGAAAAAAAGUUUUACAUGCUCGCCUCUCCAGAAACGAUUGAACAUUUACUUGUAGAACAACCAACUGGUUUGUGGUGGUCACCGAGUCCAGUUAAGUAA